AUGUAAAAUACAAAUUGUAUUUUGAAGCCGAUUUCAUCGCAACCUUAGGUAGGAGUAAUAAGGUAUUAGAUUUUAGAAACCUUUAAAACCAUUGGCUGGAAUGUAAUAGAAUCUAAAUGAGCAUUUGAAUAAUAUAAAGAGCAUAAUUCCUUAUCAAUUCGUAGAUAAAAACAGUCCUCAUAUUACAAUUUGUAAGAUGAAUAAAUAAAGAUGAGGUGGAUUGACUCCAAAGAUAACAGAGUAAUCUUUAAGAUUAGUAUGUGCAGAAUAUGGAAAUGUUGUGAGAAUCUCUUUACGUGCAUACUACAGAGAUAUAUAAGCAUAGAUAGUGGCAAAUGUUACCUAUGAAAAUGGAUAGUAAGCAUAAUAUGCAUAUAUGGAAUUACAAAAGAAGGUUGAAAAUGGAUUUCAUUUUUAACUUUAGUAAAAUUUUGAAUUAAGUAUAAAUAGUUAUGGAGGUCCAAGUUAACAAAGUACAUCUAAGAUAGUAAAAAUAAAAUUGCCAAAUCCACAAAUAAGAGGAAUAAUUGAUAAGUUGGCUAGAUAAGUAGUAAAAGAAGGAGUGCAAUUUGAAUAGAUGAUAAAGUAGAGAGAAAUAAAUAAUAAUAAAUAUGCAUUUUUAUAUUUGGUAUGUAUUUUAUAAGUGAAUGAUGGUAGUAAUCAGAAGAGAAUGAGUAUUAUAAAUGGAGAGUAUAUUCAUUUUAGAAUGGUGAUGAUGAGAAACAAUGGAAAUAAGAGCCAUAUUAUUUUAAUUUAAAUGAGAGAAUUUAUAUUCCACCUUCAAUAGAGAUUGAAGAAGCUCCAUCAUUUGCAAAGAAGGAACUUGAAAAAGCAUAAAGUAAUUGUAUAUUGGUUAUAAAAGUAACGAGUAAGAAAAAUAAAACAUAAUAUUAAGUAUUGGAAGAUUAAGAUAGAUUGAUAUUUAGUUAAAUGAUUAGAGAAUUAAAUACUUAAAAGUAGAAAUAUAUAUAUUAAGAAUAGACAUACAAUAGGAAAGGCAAUGGUAUUCUGUAUUGAUCAUUAGAACUGUGCAGCAGAUCUGAUGUUAAUUUUAGAAGAAUCACUCCUUAAUGAUUCAACAUGGUCAAUGAAAGUAAUUAUAUUUAAUUAUUAAUAAAAGCUUGCUCGUUUGUAUUUGAUUUCAGAUAUUUUGAAUAACUGUAGUCAGAAUUUUAAGAGCUACAUUUAAUGGUGUUUACCAAAAAUCUUUAGCAAUUUAGAUUAGUUAUUACCUUAUAAGGAAAAAGUAAAAGUAUAAUGAUAUAAUAAAGAUUUUAAAAUUGUUGUAAUGUUGGAGAGAGUAGAAUUUGUUUGACCAAAAGUACUUGAAGGGAUUAGAGUUGUCCUUUUUGAUGAAAGAAUAGUCAAUCCAAAUUGAGAGCAUCUCCUCAUAGAUUUAUAAAGUCGAUGGUUAUUUUAUUGAAGGAAAAACUGGCUCAUGUUGAUGAUGAGACACUUGAUCGAAUCUGCCGAAUCAAAGGAUUGUGUUCUUAGGGUCCUCGCGAUACAUUAAUCCAACGUUUAGUUCAGCAUAAGUUCUAUAACAGAGCCAACCCAGACGUUUCACUUGAGCAAGUGUCCAAAUUAGUUCAAAUUUAUCGUUACAUUGUUGAUAAGGUAUUUCUAAUCUAUACUAUCAUAUAAUCAAAGGAUUAAUAAACUAUUAUUACAUCUUAGAAGUAAUCAUUUACUACAUAAAUUCAAAUGAUGCAAGAGUUCCUUAAAUUAUUGUAGAAGAGGUUAAUUUUAUAUUACCUUUAGAUAUAAAAACAUUAUCAAUCCAGAGGGUGAGGAAAUUGAUGCUUUUGAUGAAAGAAUUUAUGAAUUUAAUAAACACAUAGAAAUUUAAAGAGCUGAACGCAAUCUUUAUCUUAAUAUAGAUGGAAAGGAUCUAACAGAAGAAGAUAUUAGAACUAUUGAAGAUAAGAAAGUUUAAGUUAUCACUAAUUAUGAAUUAACAUAUUUACAACCUAAACCUCCUUUGCCUCCUACACCAACUGAUCCUAUUGAAGUAUUAAUAUUUAUUAUUAUUUUAGAUUGAAGUAUAACAAUUUAGAGAUAUACUCUUUUAAAGUUGUUUAUAUGAUCCUUUUAAAAUUGAGGAAUUUGCUAAAUCUAGAAAGGCACAAUUAAUAAAGGCUGAUCAAAUAAAAAAAGAGAGAGAAAAAUAAUUAUUAAUAAAAUAACAAUAAGAAUAGAGAGAAAGAGAGAGGGAAAGAGAAAAGGAAAGAGAAAGAGAGAGAGAGAGAGAGAGAGAGAGAGAAAGAGAAAAGGAAAAAGAAAGAGAGAGAGAAAGAGAAAGAGAGAGAGAAAAGGAAAAAGAAAGAGAAAAGGAUCGUGAGAGAGAUAGAUAAAGACAUCAUAGUAAUAUUAUUAUUUAUCUAUAAUAAUUUAGAUCGUAAUAACAAAAGAAACAGUUCAAGUUCAGAAUCUGAUAAAAAGAAUUAAAAGAAGAAGUUUGAUCAAAAAUACGAUUAAAAAUAUGAAUAAAAACAUGAUUCUAAAUAUUAUAAGAGAAGAUCCAGAUCAAGAAGUAAUUCAAGAAAAAAGAAAACUCAAAAUAAAAAGAGAUGAG